GUUCACGUUGUCCUUUACUAACCAUUCAUCCGUGUAUAUAAUUCGUUCGGUGGACCACUUGAACACUUGUUGUGUCCGCAGCGAGGAGGAGGAGUCCAUUAUUCCAGUCGGUUGUGCAUGGGCCUACCCAUUUCUAUCGCCUCUCGGAGCCGAUCACACCCGAUGCUCGGGUCGUAGACGUAGGGCGCCUCAAGGCCAGUGCAUUCAAAUUUGUCGUGUUCUCCCCUUUUCACACCGACGGAAGGUGACGCUGAACGAACAGAACACAACGAGAACACGAUUGUGACGAGACGAAAUGGUGCCCGACACGAGCAACGUUGAUUACGAUUACUGGGAGCUUAUACCCGACGAAGGGAGCAUGCCGGUGCGAGCGGAAAGCGUCGGCAAGCGGCUCUUGGCCGCGCUCCGCAAUCUCUUGGAGCAGCAGAACGGAGGGACACUGGCAGAACAAUCUCAACGAAAUUUGCGAAAUUUUCAUGUCUUGCAAGAACUCGAAACGUACGACGAUUUUUUCGACGGGGGAAUUUUGUGUCCACCCGAAGCGUCGCCGAGGACCCAACUAAGGUUCAGGCUGCUGAAGAAGCACGGGAACUGCAGGACCCGGAGGGCGAUAAUAGUGAGGCCAGAGAAGAAUGAUCCGGACUCCGAUCUCUCGGCGAGCGAAUGGGAGACAUUGCUGAACCCUUUGCUGUACAAUUCACGACUGGAAGAGCUGUAUGUGAAUUCUUGCGACUCGGUGGACAUGGCGGUGCAGAACAAAGUCUACUCCAUUGUAGGGGAGGUUCUGCGCACCAGCAGUAGCUUGCAGUACCUGUUUCUCGAGAUGAAAGGAGUGAGCGCGGCAAAUGUUGCUCGACUCGCACGGGGAUUGGAGCAAAACCGAGGAUCGAAUUUGGAAGCUCUGGUUUUCCUCGACAGACCCGAGGCGAGUGCGAUGAAGCACGUCUGGGAGAUGAUCGAGAGGGCUCCGAGGCUCCGGCAUCUCUGGCUGAAGAAACCCGGCGCGCUGGACGAUGUCGGCGUCGAGGCCUGGGCCGAGGCUGUGCGGCGGAGCACGAGCCUCGUGAAGCUGACGGUUGAAGACACGGCACUCGACGGCAGAGUGUCGAAGCUGCUGUCCGAGAGCUUCACGGGCGACCGCCGGAAUUCGUCCGUCAAGCACCUGGAGCUGAUCAAGCUCCGCGGCGCCGCUGCCGGAUGGAAAUCGGUGUUCGACGCCCUGCGCCUGAACACGACCGUCAACCGCUUGGAGUUUUGGGGCUGCGAAUCUCUGGAUUCCGAGGCCGCGUUCGGGAAUCUCGUGGCCCUCUUGAACGUGAAUUCCACCCUCCAGAUGAUCAAGAACCGCGGCGCCCCCUCUUCUGAAAAAGACAUGAAGGACUUGCUGAUUGAGAAACUGCUGGACCGCAAUGACUACCGUCGGUCAUACUUUUCCGUCCUGCGGGACGCCAAGCUGCCUUUCGUGUCAGCAAAAUCAGGCACGCUUCUUCUAUGCGGGUCGCCUCUUUCAGGGAAGACUAGACUCAGAACAACGAUGCAGAAAGUGCUGAAGAAUCAGAGCUGCACGGAGGCCUUCACUGAGACGGUGCGCAGCACAAGAGGGAUAGAAGUGGAGAUGAUGCGGAACGACGACAAGAUGCAGAUAUCCCUGUGGGAUCUUUCAGGGCAAGAAAUAUACCGUGAUGUUCAACAUCGCUUAGUGCCGCGUGGAAAUCAGGCUCAUGUGUACGUCUUUGUUUUCAGUCCAUUCGAGUUGCAGGGAGCUGGCAAUAACGUGCACCAAAGAAAACAGAACUUGGAAUCCGCUUUCUGGACAGAGCUGCUAUAUUUGCUACGGUCCGUUGCUUCCCUUACUACGACGACCCUAUAUAUUCCGAUGGUGGUCGUAGUGAUCACUCACGCCGAUUUGCUCACAGACGAGGAGAAGGAUGUAGCAUGGGCGACGAAGAUCGUCGGCGAAUUCAGGAGUGUCUUUGACGGAGUUGUGGGUAUUUGCACAGAUGUUCACCAAAUUAAUGCAAAAGAUGAAGCAGAUGUCGGGCAGAUGAUGCAGCGGGUUCUCUAUCUCUUUGAAACUCUUCUGCAAACUGCAACCCAUAUUAUUCCUUCGGCAUGUGCCGAAUUGAGUUCCAUAAUUCAGCAGCAGCAUUGGAACUUGCCUGUAUGGAAUCGACUCCAGUUUUACGAAUUCUGUCAUCAGAAUUCACAUGCUGAGGCCCUUGGGAGUUUUAGACUGGCUUUUUCCGCGGGCUCGAAAGAAUGGAAGGCAGUUCUGGAGUAUCUUCACGAUGUACGAGUGAUAUUUCUUGUACCAAACUCUGAUCUCGUAAUUGUAGAUCUGAACUGGCUAGCAAGCAGUUUCUUGGGUGAGCUAAUUAGUAUGAUUGACAACCACCCUGCGAAAGACAGUACGAUCUGCUUCAUCGAUGCCAAGAGUUUACAGAGCAUUCUGGGUACUCUUGUAACAGAGAGGUUGGAGACAUAUCACUUCGACCACAUCUUCCUGAAAGAGCUGCUUGUGAAACUCAUCUUUUGUUAUCGACGCGCGGGAGAGGAAGGAUUCUUGGCUCCUACAUUAAUUCGUCGAAAAAAAAGCCAAGCAGAAUAAAAGUCAGGCGGAAAUUCCAUGGAGACCCUACGUUUCCAUGGGGUGUUACUAUCAAGUGCACAGACAAUGAUAGUAUGUUUUUGUCUCUAUCUUUUUUCCCUAGAUAUCAGGCAACUCAAGGAACGGUCAUACACAGUGGAUGAAACCUUUUUAGAUAUAUCUGCGGCAGAAGUUAUAGAGGAGUAUGCGGCUGAUUGACACCAGCCUCAUAUGCGGUCGGGAUUUCAUCGAGCUUCGACUAGGAGGACAAGCGUUUUGUACGGAGGCCGGUGGUGAAGCAGGCGAGCACAUAGAUAUUACGGCCAGAACGACCGCAUCUGAGGCGGCGAAGAAAUUCGUUAAUGUAUGUAUUAUUGACGAGAUGUAAUUAGUCUGUGCUAGAAAUAGUCCGGGAGUAUCUUUAGCAGUUGGCAGCAUUCCUGCCGACUGUGUGAAGCAGUAGCAUCCGCAUGAAUGUAGAAUAUAGAUAUAUCGGUGCAAAAUUACCAACACACUCCUUGGAAAGGUUUCAAAAUGAUCUCCGGGAGUACCCACCAGAUUCAGACCUGGAUAGGUAAAUGGAGAAGCUAGAUACAUAUAAUCUACACAGACUGCACUGCUGUGCAUGGAAGCUCUCUGCCCGAUGUAAAUAUUCAGAUGCAAUGAAACAGUACGAUUUCUCAUCUGUCAGACGCAGUCACUCAACAUUAAAAGACAAG